AUGUCUGAACCUAUCGAUAUGAGGCAGACACUGGAAGAUAUCGCCAGGAAGCUCGACAUUGUGUCGAGGCAUGGUGAUCAGGACGAGUUGAUCAACGCUGGUAUCACGGCAAGGAACCUGAGGAAUGCAAAGAAGUUGAGCGACAAGCUACAGCAUGCACCCAACACCAAGGAGCUCAUCGAUUCGUGCCAUUCGCAGUGCAGGAAUCUGAUCUCCGCGCUCUCCGACAGGGAGAAUAAGCAAAACGUGCGUGCGAUCCACCAGAAUCUCAUGCGAAUCGCAUCCCCAGGAAAGCAGAAGAAGACGAAGCACUGA